AUGAAACGAAUAGAUAUUCAAUGUAUUAGAGCAAUUGCAAUUUUAGCUGUUUUAUUUUUUCAUUUAUUUCCAACCAUUUUUGAAAAUGGAUUUCUAGGUGUUGAUGUGUAAGUUUCACAUCAUAAUAAUUAUAUUAAUUAAUAAAAUUAAAAUUAAUUAUCUUCAGUUUUUUUGUUUUGUCUGGAUAUUUGAUGUCAACUUCAAAACCAAUCAAUAUUCUCGAUUUCUAUUAUCGAAGAGUUCGAAGAAUUCUACCACUUUAUUACCUUAUUUUAUUCCUAACAACUCUCGCUGUUCAAAUAUUUUUGAUUGAAGUUUGGUGGUAUAAUAAUCAUCGAUAUUAUUUAUCAUCAUUAUUUCUAAUCACAAAUCAAUUAAUUAUUCAUGACAGUGCUGAUUAUUUUCUUGAAUUUCAAGCUGAUGGAUCUUCUUUGAAUGCAUUUAUUCAUUGUUGGAGUUUGGGUGUUGAAAUGCAAUUUUAUCUUAUUGUUCCUUUUAUUUUUAUCGGAUUUUCUAUUCUCAAAACUGAUUUUUUGAAAUUCAUUGCAUCUAUAACUAUGACUUUUAUCUCUAUGAUUCUUUUUCAUUUUAUCAAUCCACAAUUUGCUUUCAAUUUUAUGCCACUUCGAUUAUGGCAAUUUUCAAUGGGAUUCAUUGCCUUUUUCUAUAUUCGAACUGAAAUAUCCGCAAAAAUCCUGAAAUAUCCAAUCGAUUCCGGGAAUUUCAGAAAUAUAAUAUUGACUUGUUUAUUUUUGAUGUUUCUACCGAUUAAAAUGAAUAUCCCAAUUUUAAGAAUAUUACUCACUUUUUCUACUGGAAUUCUAUUAACAUUUGACAAUUCGAAUGAUAAUAUUGUAAGUUUUUCAAAAGUUUAUCAAUAUAAAUAAAUUUAUGUGAAUUUCAGAUUCUGAAUAAUCGAAUAUUAUGUCAUAUUGGUGAUUUAUCCUAUAUAAUCUAUCUUAUUCAUUGGCCAUUAAUAAUAAUAAUUGGAUCUUCUACAAUCAAAUAUUCAAUUUCAACAAUAAUGUUAAUUAUAAUUAUUUCUUCAUUUUUGCAUUAUGGAUUCGAGAAAACUUAUAUGACAAAAAUCAAAUCAAAGCUUAUUUUGAUUGGUUUUCUUGGUUUAUUAAUUCUAUCAAAUGCAUAUCUUUACAAAAGUGUCAAAUCUCACAAAUUUUGGAAAAAUGAAUAUCCAGAAGAAUUGCAAGAAAUAAUAACAACAAAUCUCGAUAAUAUUGUUCGAAAAUGGAAACCAUUGCAAGAAUGUGAUAUCUCUGAUUUUGAAGAUUCUUAUAAAAUCAAAAAUUAUCCCGUUGGAUAUUGUAAAUAUUUUGGAAAUGGUACUAAAAAUAUUAUGGUUAUUGGGAAUAGUUAUACUGCGAAUUUUGUUAAUACAAUUAAAGAUGCGAUUGAUGAAGCUGGAAAUUAUUCGGUUUUUCAAUACGCUUCAUUUCCUUGUAAGUUUUUUUUUGAAUAGGGUUGAAAAUCAAGAAAUUUUGAAAACUUUUUCGAAAAUUUAGAUUUUUUGUCAAUUUUGCGAGUAAAUUUUCAGAAAAUUGAAUUUUUCGUGAAAAAAACCGCUUGGUUUUUGUUGCAGCACUCAUUUCGAAUAUAUUUUUGGUUUUCAGCAUGUUAUGGAAUAUAUAGUGAUGAUGCAAUUUCAAAUUUAUCUUUAUCAAUUGCUCAUAAAUUAAUCGCCAAAGAAAAACUCGAUAUUUUGAUGAUAAUGAGCAGAUAUUCUGAAUCUAUCAAAAAACCAUUUUAUUCAUCAGAAAAUGACAAAUGGAUUGAAGAAUUCAAUAAAAAUAUUGAAAUUUAUGAGAAAUUCACAAAACAUAUAUUUAUAUUAGGAGCAUUUCCUUUUUAUGCUCCAAAUUCGAUGAAUGCAUUUAUUCAGAAUUUGAUUCAUAAACCAGAAUAUUGGGAAAAUAUGAAUUUGAAAAAAUAUGAUGGAGAUAUUGAAAUGAAAUAUAUCAGAAAACGAUUGAGAAAUAUUAAAUGCAAAUCUUGUCAGGUAAAUAAUAAACUGUUUCUAUAACAAAAUAUUAUUUGUUUCAGAUAAUCGAUUUGUCACCAAUGAUUUCUUCGGAAGAAAAAUAUCUAUUAUUUAACAGAACAACAAUGUUAUCCUAUAUUGAUAAUUCAAUUCAUUUAACAAAACCGGGACUCGAAUUAUUUCAACCCUAUUUUGCAAAUUUUGCAAAUGAUAUUUUUAAUAAAUAUGAUUGA